AUGGGCGAGAUUAAGAUGGAAGACAUGCCGCUACCGGCGCUGUUCGAACAAGCAAGGAAGAUCCACGCAACGGCCACAGAGUUUGGUGCUGAUCAGGAGCUUGUGAAGAAGGGAUGCGAGGCUUUGAAUAAGUGCGAGGACAUGAUUAAUAAGCUUGGUUUGUUCUCUUCUAAUGAAACCAAAGAGGAUAUCAGCACCACCGAUCUCAAGUAUAUUUUGGUACCGUAUUAUCUCGCGGAGUUGACCGAAAAAAUAGCACAGGAUGACAGGAUACAGAUUCUAAAGGCUUCCCAGGCAAAACUGAAGGAAUUUAUCUCAUUUUGUGAGGCAAUGGAGCUUGUCCCAAAAGAGGAGUUAGAAUCUUAUCUACAAGGGGUACCAAAAUCUGUUACUGAUCAGAGGGCCAGAAAGAUAGCUAGAUUUAAACGACAAAAAGCUGCAGAGUCAAAGUUGUUGGAAAUAAAAGAGCGGAAGGAAAGGCGUGGGCGUUCUACUAAAGCAGCUGCCUUGUCCGCCCCUGUUGAGGCAGGUGAGGAAGAACUAUUGGAUGAUGACGGGGAAGAAGAAAGAGAGGCUUGGAAUACUAGCAUAUCUUUGGCGAUCUGUAAGGCAUUUGAUCUGUUAGAAAUGAUAAAGAAAGAGGACGAGAUGCUUUCUGCUGUAAAAGAUAGACAAUCCAAGGAUGGAGACCAGGAGUUUUCUAAGGAUGUUCUUGAUGAACGUGCAAAGAAAGCAGAAGCGUGGCAUCGCAAUGCUGCAGUUCGUGCACAGUAUACUAAACCCUCUCCACCAAUCACAUGUGCUACUUUUGCCCAAGAUGUUCUGGAAGGAAGAGCACAAGCAUCACAAGCACAUGAUCACAAACACCAACCACUAAUAUUCGGACCGCAAAGCCUUGUGAAUGGAAGUUUUACAAAUGAGAGAGAAAGAUUGGCAGCCCAGGUCUUCCAACCCAGUCAUAGGAUGCCAACUAUGAGUAUCGAAGAAGCAGGACUUAAAGAAAUGGAAAUAAUGAAUAAAUGGCAAGAGACCAAUAUCAGACUCAUGGAAGAAGCCACUUCAUCUUGGCACAAUGAUCGGAAGUUUAAGCCAGGUGAAGAGGAGGAGGAUGAAGAUGACGAUGCUGCACAAGAUAGAGCUAGAGCUUUGGAUGAUUGGAAGGAUGAUAAUCCCCGAGGUGCAGGAAAUUCAAAGCUUACCCCUUGUGGCUAA